AUGCGUAUCACCAACGCCCUCCCUCUCCUGCCCCUCGUGGCCGCCCUACCAACCGCUCAACCUUCGGCGAAACCUCUCCCGCUCAUCAUCUGGCACGGUCUAGGUGAUCGCUACGACGCCGAUGGAAUCUCAGAAGUAGCUGCUCUAGCAGAUGAGAUUCACCCUGGUACCCUCGUCUACCCUGUUCGCCUUGCCGACGAUGGCUCAGCCGACUCCCGCGCCACCUUCUUCGGCAAUCUUACUACACAACUUGCCUCUGUAUGCGACACCCUGAGUUCAAACUCAUCCUUCUCUUCAAACAACACACGUAUCGAUGCUUUGGGUUUCUCACAAGGCGGUCAAUUCUUGCGCGGUCUGAUCGAAACAUGCCCUGGCAUAAGCGUGAGGAGUUUGGUAACCUUUGGCUCUCAACACAAUGGCAUUGCCAAAUUCCAAAACUGCGGUACUUGGGAUUUGGUAUGCAAAGGAGCUAUGGCGGCCAUCAAAGGCAAUGCAUUCGGCGAAUGGGUCCAAGGCAACAUUGUCCCUGCACAAUACUACAAAGAAACAAAUCAAACCACUGGAGAGCCCACAAAGAACUAUUUGGAAAACAGCAAUUUCAUUGCAAAGAUCAACAACGAAAGACACAACAAGAGUGCAGAGUACAAGCAGCGUCUGGCAUCUCUGGACAAGUUUGCUAUGUAUGUCUUUGAGGAAGACAAAACUGUUAUCCCCAAGGAAAGCGGCUGGUUUGCUGAAGUCAACAUGACGAGCAUGGAAUUUACCGGCCUCAGAGACAGGGAUAUCUACAAAGAAGACUGGAUUGGCUUGAAGCAUCUGGACAGAAAGGGCGCUCUGGAGUUCAGAAAUGCCACUGGUGGACACAUGGAUUUGACCGAAAAGAUCCUUACAGAAGCCUUUGUGGACUUCUUUGGUCCCGAAAAGUUGCCAUUGAGCAUAAACGAGCAGCAGGUGGUAUUCGAAGAGCUGUAG